AUGCAACAUUUUUGGGGCUUCUCAGGCCGCGUCUGCCCUGCUGGAACGGCCUCAGACAAGGGACCGAAAUGCCUUCCUGGCUUCUAUAGCAGUGUGACUGGCUUGACAGAUGUGUCCGAGUGCCUACCUUGCCCAGCUGGACACUACUGCGACUACGGAGAUGAUAACAGCGCUCCAAGCAAAGUCACUGGGAAGUGCCCUGAAGGGUUAAUGUCCCUCAACACCGGACUGUUUGGUGCUGGGCAUGCAUUGCGCACUAUUGAGGCCAAACCUGGUCAAGAUGCGCAAUGUGUAGUUUGUGACCCUGGAUUUCAGUGCACGGCCGGUCAGCGGCUAGCUUGCGACAGAGGAUUCUACUCCGAUGGAGACAGUGGCAAUCCAACAUGCAAACAGUGCCUAGCGGGUCACUACUGCUCGGAGGAAGGGACUUCACGAGAACAAAUGGAGAAGCAGCAGUGCCCAGCAGGCGCAUACUGCGCGGCCGGUGUCGCUUCUGUCCCCGUUCCCGCAAGCCACCCCUGCCCAGCAGGGAACUAUUGCCCCAAGGUCAGGGACGACGCCUUGAACUUUUGUGAAAUCGCUUCCACCAUGCUGCCAUUGUAG